GUCCCUGUGGCCCACCAGGACGGUGGUGGGUGCCCUGAUGUGUCAGCUGUGUCCUGGAGACUGCAGGGUGGAGGACAGACUGCCCUUUAGCAGCAGGUCUGGGGGAGGGAGAGCAAAGCAGAGGUUCCCUGCUGUCCUCAGGCUCUCCAGGCCAAGCUGCCUGUGCUCCCGAGAGUCCUCAGGUAAAUGGGCAGGAGAUUUGAGCCCCAGUCAGGUCUGGACACUGGCCUGUUCUCCAGGGCAGGGGCUCUGCCCCUCUGCCCUCCUAUAGUCCUGACCCCAGAGCUGUUGAUGUUUGGCCCAUCUGGGCCAGUCACUCCCUGCUUGCAUUCCCACUCCUCUCCGAAGGGAAAUUCUCAUCAAGGACAGCUGGACAAAUCAGUCACAGGCCUCACUUUGUAUCACUGGUGGAAAGGAGAUAGAGAUGGCCGGCUGGAACAGAAUUGGCUUUGAGAAGGCCCAGGCUUGCAGCAGACAUGGGUGCUGGCCCCCAAGGUCACAUCCCAGAAGGAGAUAGGGUCUGUCUUCCGGCACAAACACCCCAGGCUCACCCUCCAUAUAAGCAGGGGCAACCCAGCCCCUUGCAACUCCCAGGAUGCGGGCUGCACCUCUCUCUCGGUUGGCCCUGGUGCUGUGGGCGAUGGGGACCCUGCUGAAGGCCAGGACCCCCAGAGAAGAGGCCUUACCUGGGGAGCCCCCUGCAGACACCAGAGGUCUCAUCUUCCACCAAGACUGGGACUGGCCGCCCUCGGGUGUCUGGCUCCCAGGCAGCCUGCAGGAUCCCCUGUGCCUGAUGACGCUGGGCAGGGACAGCAACGGGAGCAGUGCCCCACUGCGGGUGGUGGGGGCCCUGAGUGGCUAUGAGCAGGCCUUCCUGGAAGCCGUGUGGCAUGCCCACUGGGGGCCCCAUGACCUAGCUACCUUUGGGGUCUGCACCCCCAGCCAAGGGCAUGCUGCCCUGCCUCCUCUGCGGUGGCUUCAAGAGUGGCUGGGAGAGCCCAGAGGGCGGCGGCUGGUGAUCCUGCACCUGGAGGAAGUGACGUGGGAGCCAACACCCUCGCUGAGGUUCCAGGAGCCCCCACCUGGAGAAAUCAGCUCCCCGGAGUUGGCGUUGCUGGUGCUGUACCCUGGGCCUGGCCCUGAGGUCACUGUCACAGGAGCUGGGCUGCCGAGUGCCCAGAGUCUCUGCCUAUCCGGGAACACCCGCUACCUGGCUCUGGCAAUGGACCACCCCACAGGGGCCUGGCACGGCCCCGGACUCGCCCUAACCCUGCGGCACCGCGGAGACGGUGCCCUCCUGAAUACCACCCAGCUACAGUCGCUGCUGUUCGGCGCCGACUCCCGCUGCUUCACACGGAUGACCCCGGCCCUGCUCCUGCUGCCGCGCCCCGGGCCCGCGUCCAUGCCGGGGAACGGCCGACUGGACACGUUGCCCUUCCCAUCGCCCAGGCCGACGCUGGAGCCGAAGGAGCUGCCGCCCAGCACUGACCCCUUCCUGGAGACGCUCACGCACUUGGUGCGCGCGCUUCGGGGGCCCACGGACCAGGCUUUGCCACCACGCCUGGCCGUGGACCCAGGAGCGCUAGCCGGCUUCCCGCAGGGCCUUGUCAACCUGUCAGACCCCGCGGCCCUGGAGCGCCUGCUCGAUGGCGAGCAGCCCCUGCUGCUGCUGCUGCCACCUGCCGCCGUGGAUCCCGCACAGCAGCCUCAGGGACCCAUGUCAGCGCCAUGGGCCGCGGGCCUGACGCGCCGCGUGGCUGCCGAGCUGCAGGCGGCGGCCGCAGAGAUGCGCGGCCUCCCAGGGCUGCCGCCCACCGCCCCGCCGCUGCUGGCACGUCUGCUCGCGCUCUGCCCGGGGUCCACGGGGGACCCAGGAAGCCCCAGCGGCCCGCUGCGCGCCCUGCUGCUACUAAAAGCACUGCAGGGCCUGUGCGCAGAGUGGCGCGGGCGGGAGCAUAACGGGCCGGCGCGGGCGCAGCGCAGCGCGGGGGCCGGGGCCGCCGGCGGGCCUUGCGCGCUGCACCAGCUGAGCGUAGAUCUGCGCGCCGAGCGCUCGGUGCUCAUCCCCGAGAUGUACCAGGCGAACAACUGCCAGGGUGAGUGCGGCUGGCCGCAGUCCGACCAAAACCCGCGUUAUGGCAACCACGUGGUGCUGCUACUCAAGAUGCAGGCCCGAGGGGCCGCCCUGGCACGCCCGCCCUGCUGCGUGCCCACGGCCUACGCGGGCAAGCUGCUCAUCAGCCUGUCAGAGGAGCACAUCAGUGCGCACCACGUGCCCAACAUGGUGGCCACUGAGUGCGGCUGCCGGUGACCCUGUCGUGCCCCGAGUGGCGCCCCUGCCCAUAUUUAUUCGAACCCCAAUAAAGACCACAAGC